AUGAACGAUGCAAUGGAAACAGACGCUCAAGAGCGUCGCGGCACCAAGCGUACAGCUUCAGAGGCUGAUCUUCCUUCAAACCAGACGCGCCGCAUUCGGGCUUUGGAUCCCGAUGUCGUCAACAAAAUCGCCGCCGGCGAGAUCAUCGUCGCUCCGAUGCAUGCGCUGAAAGAGCUUAUUGAGAACUCGGUCGACGCUGGAUCAACAUCGAUUGAGAUCCUCGUGAAAGACGGCGGUCUCAAACUUCUUCAAAUCACCGAUAAUGGCCACGGAAUUGAUACGGACGACCUUCCCAUUCUGUGUGAAAGAUUCACAACGUCCAAAUUGAAGGAAUUUGAAGAUCUAACUUCCAUUGGCACAUACGGGUUCCGGGGCGAGGCGCUAGCCAGUAUCAGCCAUAUCGCGCAUCUCACAGUCACGACGAAGACGGCAAACUCGAGCUGUGCCUGGAGAGCGCAGUAUAGCGAUGGGAAGCUUGUUCCAGCCAAGCCUGGCCAGAAUGCUAAGCCAAAGCCGACCGCCGGGCGUGGCGGGACUCAGAUAACUGUAGAAGAUCUUUUUUAUAACGUACCAACGCGGCGUCGAGCGUUUCGCUCGCCUAGCGAGGAAUAUGCAAAGAUCCUUGAUGUGGUUGGAAGAUAUGCAGUUCACUGCUCCGGAGUCGCCUUUUCUUGUAAGAAACACGGCGAUUCGGGGGUCAGCAUCUCGACGGCAUCCAACUCAUCUACUAUCGAUCGAGUUCGGCAGAUCCAUGGAAGCGCAGUGGCGAACGAACUGGUCGAUUUCCACAUUGAAGAUACGAAACGGCUAGGAUUCAAAGUGUCGGGCCUCGUAACCAAUGCCAACUACCAUGUGAAAAGAACCGUGAUUUUGCUGUUCAUCAAUCACCGUUCCGUUGAAUCUUCUGCUCUUAAAAAAGCAGUGGAACUGACAUAUUCCACAUUUCUUCCCAAAGGCGGACACCCGUUCGCCUAUAUUAAUCUCGAGAUCGAACCGAACCGAGUCGAUGUCAACGUUCAUCCGACAAAGCGAGAAGUAAAUUUUCUCAAUGAAGACGAAAUAAUCGAGUCGAUAUGCAGCGAGAUCAGAUCACAACUGGCACAGGUCGACGCCAGCAGGACAUUCAUGACUCAGACUCUCCUACCAGGCAUACCUCCACAACCGCAAGACACUGAAACGCCGCACACCCCAGUGCGCAAGGUGGGUAUAUCGCCCAGCCAGAAAACGUACGAAAACAGCCUUGUGCGAACAGACUCGCGCAUGCGCAAGAUUACAUCUAUGCUUCCCUCCGUCACUCCGAGUCGCCAGCUCAGCGGCCGCGAUGAACCCGUUGCCGGGGAACUCGACUCGGGCGAACAACAAGACAACGACAACGAGAACGACGACGAUGGAUUACACUACGAGACAACUGAUCGAGAGGCCCUUCGCAUCGGCCUUACCUCUGUCAAGCGCCUACGCGCAGGCGUACGCUCCGAAAUGCACAACGGCCUGACCGAGCUGUUCUCCAGCCAUUCAUACGUCGGCCUCGUCGACGAGCGGCGCCGCAUCGUUGCUCUCCAGUCAGGUGUCAAACUAUACCUAGUUGACUACGGAACAGUCCUAAACGAGUUUUUUUAUCAAAUCGGAUUGACCGACUUUGGUAACUUUGGCGUUAUAAAGCUUGACCCACCACCAAAGCUGGUCGAGUUGAUGCGACUAGGCGCAGAGGUUGAACGAGAAAACGCACCACUCUCGACAGAGGAAGAAGGAGAAGAAGCAGAAGAAAUCUUCUCCAAAGCCCCAGAUCUAGUCUCCCAAACACUCAUCGAACGCCGCGACAUGCUCAAUGAAUAUUUCUCGAUACAAGUAACCGAGGACGGCAACUUGCUGACUAUCCCACUUCUUCUCAAGGGAUACGUGCCAUCGUUAGCCAAACUUCCUCGUUUCCUUCUCAGAUUAGGUCCGUACGUGGACUGGACGAGCGAGGAGGGUUGUUUCCGCACUUUUUUGCGUGAGCUUGCUGCAUUUUAUACACCGGAACAGUUGCCUACGCCUCCGUCGUCGACAGACUCGGCAGCAGCAGUGGCCGAAGACGAAAGUAUCUCCAAUCGCCGCUCGCAGCUCGUGCAGAUGUUAGAGCAUGUGCUUUUCCCUGGAAUUCGGUCUAGGCUUGUUGCUACUAGUGCGUUGCUAGACGCUGUCGUUGAGGUGGCCGAUCUCAAGGGAUUAUAUCGGGUCUUUGAAAGAUGCUAG